AUGGCUGCAAGUCCCGUGGAUCUACUCUCCGAGUUUUCCAAAAACAAGCCCGGAAGGCAGGGGAUAAAGCGCGUCAAAUCCGGUUGCAAAACCUGCAAAAUCCGCAGAGUGAAAUGUGACGAGAAGAAGCCGGCCUGUGAUCGAUGCAUUUCCACCGGGCGCACAUGUGAUGGGUAUGGCAUCUGGGGCAACGGUGGCAAUUACUAUGGCUCUCGCCAAAACAAACAGUCCAGGAGGUCUUCUUCCUCUGAUAGUUUUGAUUCGGCUUGCAGUGCUCGGGGCCUUCCUUAUGCUGAUAAGAAAUGCCUGACCCCCAAGGCGAACGCUGAUGAAGCAAGCUGCUUUGAAUUCUUCCAUGCGCGGACUAUGCUCAAGCUCCCAGGCUACUUCAACUCGGAGUUCUGGGAGCGGAUCGUGCUGCAGAUAUCCUCCUCAGAGCCCGCUGUAUUCCAUGCUGUUCUCGCCUUGGUAUCCACUCAACGGAGCCAGGAAAUGGAUGGCUGUAUGCGACCAGACUCGGAUAGUCUUUCUGUUGACUAUGAUGUCGAAAUGAGCAAAUGGGACCGUUUUGCAUUGCAACAUUACAACAAAGCCAUCGUUCAACUGCAGACUCACAUCCAAAAAAAUAAUCACGAAUCUGUGCGGGUAGCUUUGACUGCAUGUAUUCUUUUCACAUGUGUUGAAUUAAUGAGAGGCUGUUACGCCUCAGCCAAUAUGCACAUUGACCAUGGAAUUAAGGUGCUCCGCAACUUGAAAGGUCGAAGUACCAUGGGUAAAUCGAGCCCGUCAGCUACACUAAUUCGGUCAUCCGAUCUCACAACAAUAGACGAUCACUUGCUGGAAACAUUCGCGCGAAUGAAUAUUCAAUCGAUGCUAUUUGGAUACCCCUCCCAAUUUCUGCACGUCACGAAAGAUGACGAUGCAUAUCGACAAAGAUACGAACCCCCCAAUAUGUUUUCAACAUUAGAAGAAGCUCGUCAGCCACUGGAGGUAUUAUUAAAUGGUAUCCUUCACCUUGCUGAUGAGGCUCGCGAACCUGAUUUAUCUCUUGAUAAGGCUGCGAAGCUCUUGUGUCAAAGAGAAGAAUUGCAAGACUCUUUGAAAUACUGGGUGAAGAUCUUUGAUAAUUCCGUGGCUAUGCUUUUACCGUCUCUCAACGUGCGUCAAGCCAUGGGCCUAACUGUUCUUCAAGUGUACUGCAUCAUGGCUGAAAUCAUGAUCGGUACAUGUCCCAUACCCAAUGAAGCUUGGAGUGAGAUGGUUUACGACGAAUACAAUUCCAAAUUCACGGAGAUUGUCACGAAACUUUCCGAUAUAAUAUCAUUAAGGAAUAUACCGGUGCAUUAUAUUCCCGACUUCAAAAAUUGUCAUAUCGGGCCUUAUAAUUUCUGUGCAGAUAUCGGGCUCAUUGCGCCGUUGUAUUACAUAGCGGUAAAAUGCCGUGUCCCAUCUGUGCGAAGAGCAGCAAUUAAUCUAUUGAAUAUGGCACCUCAUCGUGAAGUAUUAUGGGAUGGUGUAGCUGUUGCUGCCGCGGCUAAAACAGUCGUGAAUUUAGAAGAAUUGGGUUGGACCCCAGAUGAGAUUUGCUCAUCUGAGACAUCAUUUCCACCAGCGCAGCAACCACUUCCAGACUCGUAUCGCUUUGAAAAUGUUCAAAUAGUCAUGGACGAUGGAAUCAGCGAGAAAGGCAAGGUCAUUUGCAAGAAGCGGAUCAAAAGUGGAAUUUUCUUUCCUGAAUUUGGAGCCCAGACAGAAUGGGAGGUGAUUGAGGAAGACUUUGAGUAUAAGAGAGUUUAUACACAUCGAUUUUUUUGA